UCGGCCACGCGGCCCAGGCACACGGCCAGCGGCUUGGCCUCGCUGCGGCCCUUGAGGCGGUACACAUCGCGCAGUGCCGUCGAGCAACUCGCCGAGCAGGCCAGGCCGUACAGCGUAUCGGUGGGGACGGCCAACACGGCGCCCGCGCGCAGCUCGGCCACGGCGGCCCGCAGCGCCUCGGUCCAGCCGGCGCGCUCGGGGCUCGCGGCUUGCCCGGCUCCGCUCCCUGGGAGCCGCAACAGCCGGGCCCCCGGCGCCGCCGGAGCGGGGCUUGGCGGGCGGAGGAGGCGGCCGCUCCGGGAGUCCACGGGCCCCUCGCUCAGCCCCACGCUGGCAACCACCGCGGCCCUCAUACCCCUGCAACGAAGCGCCGGAGACAUCCGCUCAGACCCGCUUCCGGGAGGAAGUGACGUUCCCAACCAGCUUCCGGUCCUGGAGGCUCGGCCCCACCUCCGCGCCGGGCAGCUUAAAGGGACCACGACCCCCAGGAGGAUUGAAGGAGACCGGUGGGGACGGGGCGGGGCGCAGCUUUGCAGCGCCCUAGCGCAGCGCUGGGGAGGGGGGGCGGCCGAAAGGGGGGCGGUGGUCGGGCCGCGCAGGCGGAGAUGGAAUGGGGCCCGGGCUCAGCCUGGUCACGGGGGGAGGCUGCCGGCGUGGACCGCGGGAAGGCGGGGCUGGGGCUCGGCGGGAGGCCACCCCCGCAGCCGCCCCGGGAUGAGCGCGCCCAGCAGCUGCUGGACGCGGUGGAACAGCGGCAGCGGCAGCUCCUGGACACCAUCGCCGCCUGCGAGGAGAUGCUGCGGCAGCUGGGCCGCCGGCGCCCGGAGCCUGCUGGUGGCGGGAACGUCUCAGCCAAACCCGGAGCGCCCCCCCAGCCAGCUGUCUCCACCAGAGGUGGCUUUCCAAAGGAUGCUGGCGAUGGAGCUGCGGAGGCCUGACCAUGCCCGAACCGGAUGUCCUUACUUCUCUCCCCUCCCCAGGGCUGGUGGCCGGACUCUGAACAACUCCCUUCAAUAAAGGGGCCAGUCUUCACUGGCAGUGGCUGGUACUUGGCUCUCAGCCUGGGGUGGCAGCUCUGCUAGCAGCUGGGUUCACUCCCACUUCAUCCUGGCUGAAAGCAGUGCUGGGCUUUGAAAUGUAGCCAACGAAUACCCAGUCUGAUUACCCGGAUUUGGGCAGACUAGCAGUGCUAGCCAGAGUGGUCUGGCCUGCUAUGGGGGAUCUAGGUGGUGUUACAUGACCAUUUCAUGCUUUGGGGGCUCUUAGCCCCACAAAACACCUUUAGCAGAGCCUUGAUUAAAAGGAAACCUGCAGACUCUC